UGGGGACGAUCAGCGGUGCUGGCUGGAAGGGCCGAAUGGCCUCCUCCUGCACCUGUUGUCUAUGUUUCUAUGAUGUCUCCGUCACUCUCGCCUCUCCCGCAGGUUCCGUUGGACUAAAGACGGAGUGUAUUUCGAUCCAGCGCGGGACAAGCAUAUAACGACCAACGAGACGUCGGGCACCAUGGUGAUCGCCACGUCCAAUAACAGCAUCUCCUUCCGGGGAUACCAGGGUGUCUACAGGUGUUACGCCAGUAAUAAUGGUGGCACUGCUGUAUCCAACGCCAUCAACCUCAAAACUGAGAGCACCCCGAAGUGGCCGAAGGCAAGUGUCCAGCAAUUCAAGAAAGAGGAGGGAGAGUCCCUGGUGCUACAGUGCAACCCACCCACCAGCAUCGCCUCCUCCAUGAUCAUCUGGAUGACCAGCACACUAGCCAACAUUAAGCUGAGCGAGCGGGUAUCGCAGGGACUGGACGGCAACUUGUAUUUCUCCAACUUGCUGGAGGACGACAGCCUGGAGGACUACAGCUGCUACGCCCAGCUGCCAGGGACCCGGACCAUCAUCCAGAAGGAGCCAAUAUCCCUGAAAGUCACCACUUCAAACUCGGUGAGGUUUCGUAAACCACGCCUGCUUCACCCCCGUGGGCAGGGUAGCUCCCGGCUAGCGCUGCGAGGCCGCCCACUCAACCUCGAGUGCAUCGCUGAGGGACUCCCCACGCCCAGCGUGCACUGGGAACGGUUGGAUGGCAACCUGCCGGCUGGACGGGUCAGCUACCAGAAUUUCAACAAGACACUGACUGUCCAUGAUGUGGCCGAGGAGGAUGAUGGGGAGUAUCGGUGUGUGGUCCUCAACCGGCAGGGUCGUGUCACACACACGUACAGCGUGACUGUGGAGGCUGCCCCGUACUGGGUGAGGAAGCCACAAAACGGCCGUUACCUGCCGGGGGAGAACGUGCUGCUGGACUGUGACAUGGAUGCCAAACCCAAAGCCCACAUCGUCUGGAGUGUCAACGGUGUCCUCCUCAAUGAGACUGACCCAGACAGACGGAGGACCGUGACGGGCAGCCGGAUGGUGCUGACAGCGGUGAAACCGGAAGACACGGCUGUCUACCAGUGCGAGGCGGAGAACACACACGGCAAGCUGCUGGCAAACUUCUACAUGCAGGUCAUUGAGCUGCCGGCUCAGAUCUUCACAACCUCUGGCAAGGAAUACCAGUUUGUGGAGAAGCAGACAGUUUACAUGCAGUGUGAAAACUUUGGGGCACCAACUCCCAAGAUUGCCUGGAGCAAGGAGGAGAUGGUGUCUAUCUAUGACACCAUGUUCCUGUACACCUGCCCCCUGUGUCAUCCAACGCUCCACAUAGAAACAUAGAAAUUAGGUGCAGGAGUAGGCCAUUCGGCCCUUCGAGCCUGCACCAUUCGCCAUUCAAUAUGAUCAUGGCUGAUCAUCCAACUCAGUAUCCCGUACCUGCCUUCUCUCCAUACCCCCUGAUCCCUUUAGCCACAAGGGCCACAUCUAACUCUCUCUUAAAUAUAGCCAAUGAACUGGCCUCAACUACCCUCUGUGGCAGAGUUCCAGAGAUUCACCACUCUCUGUGUGAAAAAAGUUCUUCUCAUCUCGGUUUUAAAGGAUUUCCCCCUUAUCCUUAAGCUGUGACCCCUUGUCCUGGACUUCCCCAACAUCGGGAACAAUCUUCCUGCAUCUAGCCUGUCCAACCCCUUAAGAAUUUUGUAAGUUUCUAUAAGAUCCCCCCUCAAUCUCCUAAAUUCUAGAGAGUAUAAACCAAGUCUAUCCAGUCUUUCUUCAUAAGACAGUCCUGACAUCCCAGGAAUCAGUCUGGUGAACCAUCUCUGCACUGCCUCUAUGGCAAGAAUGUCCUUCCUCAGAUUUGGAGACCAAAACUGUACGCAAUAUUCCAGGUGUGGUCUCACCAAGACCCUGUACAACUGCAGUAGAACCUCCCUGCUCCUAGACUCAAAUCCUCUAUGGCAAGAAUGUC